GAUAAAAUUCACGAGAGAAGGAAUCCAUAAUAACUACUUACAUGGUUAAUUAACAUAAAUUAAAAGGCGGGACCCAUUCUUAUUGGAGCGAAGAGGAAACCAACUCUCUCUAUUUCUCGAACAAUUCAUAAAUCAAAUAAUCACGCAUCAUCCUCCUCGUCAUCAACCAACUUCUUCUUCAUCAUGAAAGUAAAUUUCCCCGAACCUAAUCUUACUUUUCACCCUACUGAUUCUUCCCUCUCUCCCAUCUCCCUCAACUCUUGAAUCAAAUCUCGUCUCUCUCGUUUCUGAUUUUGUUUUUACCAAAUUGUCGCAAAUCAGAAAACCCUAGAGACCCAACCGUCUACCUACCGGCACCGACUCUCAGGCCCAUCUUUCAAUAUCCCUUUUCCCCUAACUUCCUUUUCUUUUUUUUUUUGGUUUUCUGUUAGUUUAUUUUUUUCCCGGGAAAUUUUUAUCACUUUUAUAUUUUUAAUUUUCUCUGUCAUGAUCAUUUAGCAUGAUCCUUUAUUAGGUUUCAUUGGGUCCGAUCUCUCUCUUUCCCCUUUCUCUCCCUCUUCCUCUCUUCGCAGACCCGAGUAAACCCUAGAAUCUCAAUUCCAUACUCUUUUCUUCACCUUUACUCUUUAAUCAUUCAACCUACGACUCUCUAGGGUUUACUUGGUCCAUCUUCUUUCCUUUUCUUCCCCCUGAAAAUUAAAAUAAAAAGUUUAAGUCUUUGGGUCCUUGUAAAUCAUGGCGUAUCAUUCGAUUCCGGGGGGCUCUGGGUUUCACUACUCGAAUUCUCCUUUUGGGGACACAACCUUCACCAAGGUCUUUGUUGGUGGCCUUGCCUGGGAGACUCAAAGCGACACUCUUCGUCGCCAUUUCGAACCCUUUGGUGAUAUCCUCGAGGCCGUUGUUAUCACCGAUAAGAACACUGGUCGUUCCAAAGGUUACGGCUUUGUGACUUUCAGAGAUCCAGAGGCUGCUAGGAGAGCCUGUGUUGAUCCAACACCUAUUAUAGAUGGCAGACGUGCGAAUUGUAAUCUCGCUUCCCUUGGGAGACCUAGGCUUCCAAUGCAGUAUGCGAUGAUACCCAAUAUUCCAGGACGGAUAAGACCUCCAUCCCCAUAUGUUGGUAGUGUGCCGGGUCCUCGCGGUUCACUUUUCGGAAGCCAUCCGUAUCAGCAACCACCUGCUUAUAGCUACCAGCAAGGAAUGAUGUACCCUUAUGGGGUUACACCGUAUGGACCUGAGUACAUGUACUCACAGUCUCAGGGAUUAUAUGGUCCUUACGCGGGGCAACAGUACCUUCAGAUUUAUGGAGUACCUGGUGCAGUUACCUCACCAGGCUACCAAUAUGGGCAAUUGAGUCAGAAUAUCCCAGGUUACACAUCGGUACAGGGUUAUUCAGUUCCAGGAAGUCAUAUUCAAUCCCCUUACCCUUCAGCUAUAGCAGGUCCUGCCCCAACGCAGCCCCAUGUCUUGGUCCAGACUCCUCAGCAUAUGCAGAGUAGCGGUUCUGAUCAAACAACAGGGUGAAAGCUAGAUCCACUUAAAUAAUCAUUGAAGAAGUUGCUACUCUGAGUAGUGGCAGGGUUCCUGUUUAAGCUUUCCGCAUUUUUUUAAUUUAUCAUAUUAAGGUCGUCGUAAGUAAAGUAGUCUUGCUCACUGAAGAAGUAAACAAAAGGGUAAAGGACAAUGGAAGUUUCAGGGUUGGUACUUCUGUUAUCAUAAGCCACUCGUCAUAUAUAUAUAUAUAUAUAUAUAUAUAUAUAUAUAUAUAUAUAUAUAAUGGUUUCACACUGGAAACAUGGGUUUUCGCUGGAAACUGGUAGAAGUAGUAAGCAUAUGGUGUACAAAGAAAAAAGCAUUUAUAUAUAGUAAAAAAGAAAAUACAAAUACAGAUGCAUAUAAGAUAGAAUGGUCGAAUCAAAAUCUGAUUCUUUUAGGUGGUUUUAAGUAGUCUUCGUACUAGACACUUUCUUAAGGCAUAAGGAGUGUUAGUAAGAAGAUUGUUAGGGUAGCUUUCUAUGUCCUCUUGAGUCGAGUCCUCUGCAUUGUAUAUAAAAGUAAUGUCUAUUAAGCUCACUUAGCUUCUGGUUUGUCUGUGCAUAAAUUUUAGCUCCAGGGAAUAUUUUAUUUUCCGUGUUUGUACAGUUUCUAGACUGAUAAAAUUGUUAUUCAGUAUCCUACUUAUUGUUUCAGUCUUUGACUCGACUCCAUCUUCUGCUGAAUUUCCUCUGUUUUUUUUUUGGCUCCAACAUCAUACUUUUCAUUCACCACAUUUUUAAACAACUCCAUUUUUGUCGUUAGAUCUUUGUUUAAAUCAUUUUGGACUUGAAACGCAAAAGAGACGCGUUAGAAAAAUGACCUACAUUAAUCAUUCAG